AUGUUCUUGUGCGGCGCAUUGUGCGAAAAGCCGGGAGGGUACAUGGUAGGCUUGGUUUUGUUAAGGGUUGACCCUCACUCAUACACAAGCGGUCGAUGGCUUCGGGACGACAAACAUCAGCGCCAGCUGCACCGGAUUGACCUUAACUUUGACGAGCUCUGUCGACGCGGCUACCCUUCACAUCAGCUGGCCCCGCAAAAUUUGUCACGGCUUCUGAAGUGGCGACGAUCCAAUACUAGAAACACCAGCAUUCCGAUCCCUGAAAUUCUUGACUGGAGCGACGACGCGGUGAAUAUCGUCGGAAGCGAAUACAUCAUCAUGGAACAUGCGGCUGGUAUUCCGCUAUAG